AGAAGAUGAUAAACUAUCUGGUCAGAGAGCAGUGGGCUCCAGAGUAGGUCAGGACAUGUGAGGAGGACAGACAUGGCAUCCCUGAAGCUGCUUCUGCUCCUUCUGCUGGGGGCUGUCUGUGUGGUCCAAGCCGCUGAAGAGUCAUGUGAAGGGUUUUGUUUUGAUGGCUUUAUCGCAAGCAGGAAGUGCCAGUGUGACAUCCUCUGCACAUAUUACGGGAGCUGCUGCAGUGACUAUGAGGAGGUCUGCAAACCAAAACAGACACGAGGAGAUGUGUUUGCAGUUCCAGAAGAUGGGGACUAUGGUGAAGCAAUCGAAAUAUUGAGUGGAACAGAGACUGUAAACUCAACAUUAUUUGAAGAUACAACAAUCCUUAGUGAAGACACAACGGUUACAUACAGUACACUACCAACAACAACUGUGGCGGAAACAACAGUAAAUGUUACUGACCAAACCCAUCAGACACCAGAUUCGCUGUGUAGUGGGGAGUCUUUUGAUGCUUUCACCAAUUUAAAGAAUGGAUCCAUCUAUGCCUUUCGAGGCAAAUACUUUUAUGAGCUUGAUGAUAAGAAAGCAUUGGAUGGUUACCCAAAACUUAUUAAAGAUGUAUGGGGUAUAGAUGGUCCAAUUGACUCUGCUUUCACCCGUGUCAACUGCCAAGGAAAGACCUAUCUUUUUAAGGGUAAACAUUACUGGCGCUUUACUGAUGGAAUUCUGGAUUCUGGUUACCCCCGUGAGAUCUCUAAUGGUUUCCACAAAAUCCCAGAUGAUAUUGAUGCAGCCUUCGCUCUUCCAGCAAAUAAUUACCAGGGCAAAGAAAAAGUUUAUUUCUUCAAGGGUAACAGAUACUGGCAGUAUGAAUUCAAAAACCAGCCCACCUGGGAGGAAUGUCUUGAGACAGAACCAUCAGAGCUGUUUACACACUAUGUAAGGAUACAGGAUAACAGCUUGGAAAACUUAUUUGAACUUCUCUUUGGAAUCUGGAAAAAAAGUAGCACAGAAGGACCACGAUAUAUUAGCCGAGACUGGAAGGGGGUUCCCAGUAAUCUGGAUGCUGUGCUGCCAAGCAGGAUAUAUGUCCCCAGACAAACAAGAUCGUCCUUACGCCGUAGUAAAAGAAGAAAGUCUCGCCGUAGGAACAACAGGAGGAAAAGUAAUAGGAGGACCUUCGAUCAUGAUUUUCUUUACAGCUUGUUUGAUGAUGAUGAUGAUGACGAUGAAUAUUCAGAUCCCGACUGGCUUCCACCUGAAAACAUACCUCGUUGCCAGCCUAUCCAAAGUGUCUACUUCUUCAAGAAAGAUAAAUAUUACCGAGUGAACCUACAAACAAAGCGAGUGGACAAGGUCUCUCCCCGUUACCCGCGGCCAAUUGGAAAGUACUGGUUAGGCUGUGAGGCAGACUGAAGAGAGCAUAUUAUUCAGUAGAGAAUAUUCUAUAUAUCUAUUAAUGUUCUCUCAAACUAGAGCUUCUUGCUUCUGUGUGUAUAUGAAAUAAAAGGUACAAUAAAAAUGCUUGACCAUGUG